CUUGAUUUAUUUUACUUUGAAUGUUUAUAUCCAACAUAUCGAUAAGUGACAAUACGUUUAUUAUCCUAGAUCAGAUAAAUUUUAAAACGAUGGUUCGUCUGUCACGUUUAAACUAAUAUAACAGACCAAAUCGAUAAUCUUUACUUUAUUUUUUAGAGUUCAUUUUCUAUUUAAAUUUGAAAUGUGAAUAACAGAAGGAAUAAAACAGUCUCCGAACAAUUCAAGACAAAUCGAAGCCUGGAUUCCAUAUAACUCGCGUUUAAUUCAUCGUAGAAGACAGUUUCAGAGCAUCGGGUGAAUUCAGGCAGAUCUAGAGCAUAGCGGAUACAGGGAUUGUCGCAGAGUCUGAUUUACAGAUCGCGAGGCGAGAUUCGAGAUGCUGCUGGCUACGUUGUCGACGCACGAUUAAACCUCGGUGCGCCGCGGUAAUGGGUGCGCGUGAAACGUUUGCGCAUUGCGCGCACGCGCGGUGCCAUAGUGCCGCUACAGUGGCGCCAGUAAUGGCGGCGGAAAACACGCGCGCACGCGAGCACCGCCGCCGGUUUGUUUCUCCACGCCUCUACCUCGCCUCCGCCACCGCCACCGUUCUCACGACUCGUGGAUGGAUAAUUCUGCGUACGUGCCGAAUCAUCUACCGCCGCCGUCUCUGGUUGUGUUUUCACAGUCUGGAGGGCUGCCGGAAGCUCUGAGAAUGCAAAGACCCUUCAAUCCACAAGUGACUGACUCGAAAGACCUCCAAGUGCCAUUCAGCACGGCUGCAUCUCUCGGUUACGGCCUUCAUCAUAUGCUCCACAUACCGCCGCAAUUUUUGCACCCUCUGGAUCACCGUUUACCGUUCGGUGGGUUCAGGCCCCUCGGGCCAUCGGCGUUCGCUCCGCCGAGCAAGUGCCUGAAAGUGGAGACCGGAAACGGGCCGGUAACCAGCUCCGGAUUGCCAAGCAUCGGCUCCCUCUCGAGUAUAUCGAACAUGUUCUCGCCGUCGUCGUUGUCCUCCGCCGGCGGCAGCGCGGUGGUGUCCGUUUCCGGCGCUGCUUCCGGUAUCGGAGGAGGCGCGAGCGCCGCGACAGGGCAGGAAAUCGCGCCCCAGAGCCCCGCUGGCUCCACCAGCAGGUCCCCGACCGGGCCUGGAGCCGGAUCUGUUCCCAAUCGUGGCACCACCCCCGAGGAAGAGGAUCGUGACACCAACGCUACCCCCGGCUCCGAGAACACCGAGCGGUCCACGCCCGAGGAAGGACGACCUUAUCGACUGGGGCCUGUGUUCGGGGGCCGAUGCGGCGCGGAGGCGCUCGGGCUGGGGUUAGGGCUGUCGCUGGGCCCGGCCUACAGGUUCGCUCUGCCCCCGGGACUCGCUGCCAAGACCACCCGCUGCCUUGUAUUCGACCAAGGUAAAAAGAAGUUCCCCUCGGAUCCAUCCUGUUGUCCAGCAUGCGGAGUCACCGUGAGACCACAAGAACUGGAGCAACACUUUGCCCAGGAGCUCGACCGUCUCUACAAGAUAUCCUCCUCGUCUUCGCGGGCACGAGCAUCGAGGUCGAAUCUGGGCCCAGGGCAUCCGCAGGAUCAUCCCCAUGGACCGAUGCUCCAUGCUCCGUCGGCCGUCGACGGGACGCCUCAUGGAAGAUGGGAGACGUACAAAAGGAUCAAAGCUAAUAGGCAGGCCAGAAUUCGCGUGAAAAAUCGAAAAAGAAAAGCGGACGAGCCCGCGUGUCCAGUUUGCAGCGAGAAACUGUCCGGUUCGACCGAGGAAUUGAACCAACACGUCGAAAGGUGUUUGGCCAAGCACAAUAAUGGGAAUCCUGCUGGACAGAAUAACGUGGACGAGGAGGAGGUCGACGUGGAGGGCGACGCUGAAACUUUCGAGGAGUACGAAUGGGCUGGGCAGAGAAGAGUUCGGGCCACGUCGAUGCUCGUUGGAGGAUUCUCUGCUGCAGGUUUGGCGACGUCUUCGAGCAACCGUGGGUCGACAGGUGGAAACGGGGGAGCGAAUCAGCAGGAGGACGAGGACGUGGACCUGGUGGUGGACGGGGAUGAUGCCGCGGAGUUCGGGCCAGCUCAGUAUUCCGAGGCAGACGUGAUCGCGCCCCGUAUGGAGGGCACACCGAGGGAGCAAAAGGAAAGAGACGCACUCCGGGAAGCCGUGAUCUCGCCGAACACGCCGAACGCGGCGCACACGCCUCAGACGCCGGAGCAGAUGGGUCAAGGGUUGGUCGAGGUGAAGCCAGAACCGGGAACGACCACUCCUCUGGGACAGAACGAGCAAGAAACCGUCUCCUCCUCGCCGAGAAGGGACGGUGACAACCCGGUAAUCGAGGCUCUCAGAGGAAGAAUCCGAGAACUCGAGACGGAAAUGCGCUGUCAACCGUUCAAGUGUCUCAUCUGCAUGGAACAAUACAAGAAACCUGUAACUUCUGUCUGCUGCUGGCAUGUGCAUUGCGAACAAUGCUGGCUACACACACUGGGUGCGAAAAAGCUUUGCCCGCAGUGCAACAUGAUAACAUCGCCUUCAGACUUACGACGUAUCUACGUGUGAAGGAGACCGAGUGCCAAACAAGAAGCCGUUUAAACCUGGAGUUUUAGGGUUCCCUCAGACUAUCGACCUUUUCCCUGGCGCGCGUGUAAGUUCACUCGAGGAGCCCCGCCUUUUUAUCGAAGCGAGCAUUCUCGAUCGGUCGCUCCUCGAUCCUAGGACCUCCGGACUCUCGAACGGGGUCGAUAGUCUGGCGCGAAUCUUGCGCGGGGAAAUCGACGCGUUUCGAACCUUUGAGCUUUGUAAAUACCUUGUACAUAUUUACGCGUCACGUUAAAUUUCUCCUUUAGAUUUAACAUGUACUGUUACGCAUCGUAGCACUAGUAAAUUAAGCAUGAAUGGCGCGCGUGAAUAGCGUCUCGAUCGAAGGAACCCGCGGCGCUUCGAUCGCGUUUUCGAUCAAUUUUACGAUUGGAAUUCCGUUACUUCUUACGUACGUCGAUUAGCAAUUGCGAGAGGAACAACACCGUGCGAUGUUAGAGACGAUCGCAAGUUUCAAAACGAAUCGAAUGAAUUCUACCGAAAGAAUCGAAGCGCUUGGAAUGUGUCGAAACAUCGGUGUCCGUAUAAUUUUAUUGAUUCUACCGCCUUCGGUUUUCAAAUCGUUUUCGUACGCCUUCGAAACAAUUAGAAUGAAUUCCAGCUGGUUGUCAGCGUGUUGAAUAUUAGUCGCGAAAUCGAAUCCGAUACGAAUCGAGGAGUAUUCGCGCGUACCUGGAAACUUAGGUGUGACUUUAAACGACUAUCAUCUAUCUUAAAUUUGCCCUUUCGCCGAAUCUGUCGUUCUCUUAAUCUUCUUCCGGAACACGUCUGUGUAUGGUGUGCACCGCGUUCGAUUCACCAAUACGAGUAUGCAUGUAUAAAAUAUAAUCGACAAAUUUUUCAACACAAUUGUUUCCAGUAGAAAUUCUCCAAACGUACCAGAAAUUAUUUCAUCGUCCACAGUGUGUCCAACGACUGGCGAUACGAGCGACAAUAUGGCUGCUAUGCGCGAGAAAAUUAUAUCAUUUUUCUUUCGCGAGUAUUCGUUCUCUUCGAAUCGUUAUUUAAUAGUUUCAAACUUCUUAGAACCGGUUUAAAUAAACAAAGACUUUGACGAAGACACUUCCAUAUUUUUUUCGAUUCAUUUUCUCGCGUAGAGUCGCCAUAUUGCAGUUUAACGACACAACUUGUAUUCUUUUCAGUGUUUGUUACUAUCUGUUCAAAUUACAACUUCAAAUUACUUGCUGCACGAAGAAAUGGUUUCUUUUGAAACGUUCGUUCGUGCGGGAAGUAAUUUUUAAAUAAAAAUGAGGAUUUCCGUUUCUAAUUCAUUUUGACAUUCACUUGGAAACAUUUGUGAAUCGGAGAUUAGUAGAAUAAACGAAACGAAGAGCAAACUUGUGGCACGAAACAAAUUACGUUCGCGUUUUGUACGUAAUGAAAUUAACACAUCACAAACGAUCAAUGCAAUUCAUUUGAACAAACGUGUGUUUACUAUUCUUUUAUUUUUAUUUUUAAAUUCGUGAAAGUUUACUCAUUUUCUGUUCUCUUAUAAAUUUGAUAACGCGCACAAUUUCCAACGGACAUUAUUUAUUUUCUCUGGCCCAACGUUCUUAACACGCAGGACAGUAUGGGAAAAAGACUAUUAAGGAUUAAGGACCGAGUCGAAUUAAAUUUAAUUUUUUCUUAUUACUUGUUUAACCCGAUUCGUGAUGAUUUUUUUCGCGAAUGCUCUCUAUUUUCUCGUUCAACGACAACGCGCGGUGGAGGGCCCUCGAAACCAUAAACACGGUGAGUUUGAUCGAAAAAUUAUAGAUUUUUACUAUCAAUUUUUUCAAAAUAAAAAUUUCAGAUUCGUUCGACAACCGCCAUCUUAAUUUGGUUCGAAAGAAUUAACAGAAUUAUUCCCAAUUAUUGCUCGCGAGAUGACUGGAACGACGAGACUCGAUUUUAAAAUGGCGUCGAGCCGUCCACCCGCGUUGAAACGAUCGCCACAACUUUCGUCCGGUAAAAGUCUACUGUCCAGAUGCAUUUUGCGUUGAAACGAUAUUCUCGUCUUAAGAUUUAAGCAGGCAAACUCGAUCGAUCGAUCUUUGGAGAGAGAGAAAGGCGAAACAGAUUCCACGGGCGUGUUUCUUGCGCGCGAAACUUUCGAAUCUCUCUCGGGGCGAUUGGCUCGAAAGACAGAAACGAUGAUUGCCUUUUUCGAGCGCGAUCCACCUCGUUUCUUUCUCUCUUUUGAUCGGCGAAUCGUCCCGUCGCGCACGUCGGGGACGUUCUCUGUAAAUACACGAACCAAACAUGAGGACAGGAGAAAACCAACUGCCUGUCGUGAACGUUGUUCUG